CCAUAGUACUAGAAUAAUGUAACCUUUUUUUUUCAAAAUGUGUAGUUAAACCAAAAAUCAAUCGCACACGUCGUUUUGGAAGAACUUGAAUUCGAACAAAUCUGAUAAACAUAGGAAAUCGGGUUUAAACCCGAUCCGACGUCAUGGUGCCCGACCUUUCAAACCUUUCUAAUCGCGAUUGUACAUGACAUAACCUAACCUAACCUAACCUAAGCCUAACUUAAUUAUUUUGAAUUCUAAUCAAAUUUGCAAUAAGAAAAAAAAAUUGCAUUAGACAUAAAUCUCCAUGUAUCGUAGAGUAUGACGAUAAUCAAAAAUUUGUAAACUUCAUUUACCCAAGGCCUUCUAAUGGAUGUGUCAAUAGUGAGCUCGUUGAACAAUUAUUUUAACGUAUUAUUCGAUGAAACAAUUUGGUACUUAAAAGAAGUAGCGUGGCAGCUAGUCAUUGCCGGCGUUGCUUACUUUUGCGUUUGCAUAUUUUUGUAUGUACUGUUGUUAAAUGUCAGUCAUAAGGCAUGGCAGCUGCCUGGACCACCUGCUAGAAUAUUGUUAGUUAUUGCUCAUCCGGAUGACGAAGUAAUGUUCUUUGGUCCAAUGCUACAUUGUAUGAUAGAACAGAAAAAUUCCGAGGUUUAUCUCCUGUGUUUAACUAUAGGAGGUGCUAAAAGGAGAAAAGAGGAGCUCUGGGCUAGUGCUAAAACCCUAGGAAUCCCAGAAGCUAAUGUUACCAUUUUAAUGUCUACACAGUUACCUGAUGAUCCAAAAGUUCUAUGGCCAGAAAAUGUAGUAGGGGAGACGAUUCUUCAACACGUUGAAAGUUACAGGAUAAAUGCGGUUAUUACAUUUGAUAAGCGAGGAGUCAGCGGACAUAAAAAUCACAUUUCAAUUUUCUAUGGAGUUGCGUCUCUAUGUAUAGAGAAUAAAUUGCCAUCAUAUUGCAAAAUGUAUGUACUAGAAUCUGUAAAUAUAUUACGAAAAUAUACUCUAAUAUUGGAUUUACCAAUCAGCCUGCUAUUUGCAUCUCAUUGGUAUCUACUCAGCUUUAAACAACAGAAAAUUAUACAAAUGGCCAUGAUGGCUCAUAAAUCCCAAUACGUUUGGUUCAGAAAACUGUAUAUCAGAUUUUCUCGAUAUACACUGUUAAACACCCUUCAAGAAAUCAGCACACUGGACUUGGAGCUGGAUGUUGAGUUUGAUGACGGAUAAGCUUGCUUGAAGAGAAAAGAAUAGAACGAUAAAUAACAUGUUGUACAUAGAUAAUAAAAUUUGUUUAAUAUU